UAUAUUCAACUCUUCUCCCUCACUUCCACAUUCUCUCUCUAAAACAGCAUUCUCUUCACGCCACUCCCUCUCUGCAACUCUUCUCCCACCAUGAUUUUCCAUGAACUAAUUUCAGAGGAGAGCCUCCCCCAUUAGAGUGAAGCAAUUUUGAUCCUCACCACGUCAUAGAAAUUGCAUCGGCUGUAAUGCAAUUGAGCAAGAAACAUUUUUCUUACUCUGGUUUUGUGCAGAAGGAGUCGAGAAGAGAUAGAAAUGUGGCCUGUUAUUGCUCAGAUCGUUAUACGUGUGUUUUACGCUGGUAUGUACCUUACAAACAAGGUCGCCCUCACUCGAGGAAUGAAUAGCUUCAUUUAUGUUACUUACAGAGCUGCCCUGGCCACCUUGGCCCUUGCCCCAUUUACUUACUUCGCUGAGAGGAAGAUUAGACCUCCAUCAGGAUUGAAACAAACUUGGCAUAUGUUUUUGCUGGGGCUAUUAGGGAUCACAGUGACACAAAACUGCUACAUUUUAGGGCUUUAUUACACGUCUUCUACAUUUUCUGCAACAGUCUCCAAUCUCAUCCCCGUGGCGGUCUUUAUCGUUUCUAUCAUCUUGAGGAUGGAGAAGGUGGAUUUGAGGAAAAUCACUGGGCAGGGAAAGAUUGUGGGUACUCUUGUAUGUUUAGCAGGCGCCAUGAUCCUUACAUUAUACAAAGGCCCUGAGCUUGAUAUCUUCAAACACUUGAAAUCACCAGAUUCCAUUACGAAACUCUUAUCCACGUCUCAAACUUCGACUCAUAUAAAGAAAAAUUGGAUUUUGGGCCCAGUUUUUAGUUUACUAGCUGUAGCAACUUGGUCCGGAUGGAUAAUCUUUCAGGCGUCAGCUUUCAAGGAUUAUCCAGCACAAAUGUCUCUUUCUGCAUAUAUGUGUUUCAUGGGUACAAUUCAGUCUGGUAUAGUGGCAUUGUUUUUUGGUAAACUGGAAGCUUGGAGGAUUAACUGGGACUUUGAGCUCUUCACUUAUGUCUAUAGUGGAGUUUUAUGUACUGGAGCUGGAAUUUUGGUUCAAACGUGGUGCAUAAGAAAGAAGGGCCCCGUUUUUGCUGCUGCAUUUAAUCCUGUAAGCACGGUGGUAGUGGCCAUCUUAGAGCCAAUUCUUUUUCACAUAAAGACUCAUGUGGGAAGUAUUGUGGGUGCAGGUAUGGUUAUUAUUGGACUUUAUUGCUUGCUUUGGGCUAAAUCAAAGGAGGCAAAAGUGGAAAAAGAUAUGCAUAUGUAUGCCAUACAAGAAGAAGACAAUACUUUGGGAACAACAUGGUGAAAACAAGUAUUACCAAAAGCUAGGUCGCAUGAAACAUGACCAUAUAUCUAACUAUGAGCACUUGGCAUAAUGCUAAUUUUCAUGCCUCAUUGGUGUCUUUGUUCUUUUAUUGAUUUUAGUUUAUUGGUAGAGGAGAAGAGGUUGUUAGUAGUAAUGCAUUCCUAGUGAUUUGUGUAUGCUAGUGUCACAUUAUUUAACUCAUAUUUGGGACCCAAUCAAAAUUGGAUGCCCCCUUGGGGUGAGUCACGAA